AUGGAGACCAAGAGGGCCAGCCUCGCCCUGGGGCGGUGGUCACUGUGGCUACUGCUGCUGGGACUAGUGGUGCCCUCGGCCAGCGCCCGGGCCCUCAGCUACAACGAGGCCGUGAUUCGUGCUUUGGAUCAGCUCAACGAGCGGUCCUCAGAAGCUAAUCUCUACCGCCUCCUGGAGCUGGACGCGCCUCCCAAGACCGACGAGGACCCGGACACCCCAAAGCCUGUGAGCUUCACGGUGAAGGAGACCGUGUGCCCCAGGACGACCCAGCAGCCCCCGGAGCAGUGUGACUUCAAGGAGAAUGGGCUGGUGAAACAGUGUGUGGGGACAGUCACCCUGGACCAGGUCAGGGGUAACUUCGACAUCGCCUGUAAUAAGGUAAGUGGCCCCUCUGUGCUGCAGGGGUUGCUGAGGGAGGGCAUGGGGAGAGGCAACAGGGCCAAGAGGUCCAGCACAGCGUCUCCAUUCUCGGGUCCCUCCCGUGCCCUUCACACGCCUCUGCCCUCCUCCUCCAACACCCAGUAG